AAUUAAAAAAAUCCAGUUUGUUUAUUUAUCUCCUUUCGUUUUUUAGGUGAAGAAUAGGAAAAAAGUAAAAAAUAAAAAAUAAGAAAAUGUUUGCCCAAGUUCCACCGAGUUCAAAUUCAGGUCCCUCAAAUAGACCUGAAUUGUACGAGGAAGUGAAGUUAUACAAAAAUGCAAGAGAGAGAGAAAACUAUGACAAUAUGGCUGAUUUGUAUGCAGUCAUAAACACGUUACAAAGUUUGGAAAAGGCUUAUGUGAAAGAUGCUAUACAUCCAAAAGAAUAUACAGGGGCUUGUUCUAAGUUACUUGUUCAGUUUAAAGCAGCCUUUAGGCAAGUUGCCAAAGACUUCCCCGAUGUUGAAGCCUUUAUGAAGAAGUACAGGCUUGACUGUCCACUGGCAUUAGAACGAAUAAGGGAAGAUCGACCAAUCACAAUAAAGGAUGACAAAGGAAACACCAGUAAAUGUAUUGCAGAUAUUGUAUCGUUAUAUAUAACAGUGAUGGAUAAGCUUAGAUUGGAAAUCAGAGCUAUGGAUGAGAUACAGCCAGAUCUACGAGAGUUAAUGGAUGCUAUGUGUAGGUUGAGUAUAUUGUCUCAAGACUUUGAGGGUAAACAGAAGGUUCAAACAUGGUUGGACAAAUUCAGUAGUAUGUCAGCGUCAGAAGAGUUAGAUGAUACACAAGUGCGACAAAUGUUGUUUGAUCUCGAAUCUGCGUACAAUGCUUUCAAUAAAGUUCUGCAUGAUAACUAAAUCAAUAUCAUUAUAUAUACAUCAUGUUUUCAAUGUACUGAAUGUAAGGCAAAUUAAGCUACUGUUUUAAAAACUCUAUAGAUGUGACAAAUAAAGUGCAAGACUGAUGUGACAAAUGAGGUGCAAGAGUUAUACUUGUGAAAUGUGUUCACAAUUAGAUAUAUCAGAUUUCAUUUUUGGUAAAAAAAAGUCAACACUUCUAAAAUGUUUUACAAAUAAUUUUCUUACAUAUAAGACUUGUUGGUUCAUUUGCUUUUAGAAAUUGGUUUCAUUAAAAAAAGAAACUUGAAAAGCAUGUUUAUUUUUUUUUUAAUUUCAACUACUUUUGUGAUGGAUAUAUAACAGUUAUACAAGUGCAUCUAACAGUAUAUAUUGUUUUUAAGUUUUCAUUCAUUAAAAUGCUGUGCAUUUUCUAUUUUAUAGCGAUUAUGUUUAAAUGUAAAAAAUGUAAAUAUUUCUGUGUAAAUUAUUUUUUGUUACUGUGAUGUAAUUGAUUAUAAUAAAUGUGUUAAGAAUUA